AACUGACGCUGAGAUAUGUCAAUAUAUCGCCGGCGUUAUGGGGAAACUAAAGAUCUUGAGGAAAGAAAAUGAUUACACAGAUAUUUCUUGGGUUGUGGGUGUAUCAGAGGGUUGCGUUCAGCUAUUAAUUACCGCAGUAUAAGCGUUGGCGAUGAAACCAAAAAAAAAACACACCAUAAAUGCUCUGAUACACAGUUAAUGUAUCGAAGAACAGAAGCAACUUCUGGGUUUAAUUGAAGAUCUGCAAUAAAUACGCAAAAGGUAUAUAUAUGUCGUUACAUAUUUAUUUUGAAGUUCUUAACAUUAGUGUGAUAAUGUAAUUGAUAUUCGGUACUAAUUAUGUAAAACAUGGGUUUUCUCAGGUACCGAAUGACUUUCGUAGUCCGUCUGGUUCGCGGAGAGUGGAAGAAGGACGACGCUGGAUGUUUCGAACAUGUGUCGGCUUUGGAAGGAUUUACGAUGGCAGUACGGCUAAGAGAAACAGAUGAUUACAAAAGAGUCGUUAACGCGGUAAAGGAGAGGUUAGCCCUGGCCGAUAAUGACGAUGUAGAGCUCAGCUACCAGUGGCCUCAAUGGAUGAUGGGCCCGGACUGGAAAAGGGCUAAUCCAAUAGACAUCCUUGAUGAUGAAGAUAUGACCCUGUUUAUGGCGAUACGAGCAGACCUGGAAGAGGUGCACCUACGAGUUAAGGUGAUAAGAGGAGGGAUGGAGAAGAACGUUAAUUCUUUCAAGAGCCACUUGGAUCUGGGAGGAUUGACAUCUGAGGAGAUAUCCGAUAAGUACUGGAAUAGUGCAGAAACCCGUUGUGUGUGGAAUAGCGCACUAACUAGACUAUUAACGCGGAAUGCAGGCGGGGGAAGGGAAAUAGGAGUCAACCAAAUGGGGAGCCAUGAGAAUUUUGGUUCCGUAGGAGUAAACGUAACAGGAGGGAUAAGGAUACAAGAACCAACAGACGCAACAACUGUUAGAGCAUCUAUACCAAAUCUUCAUGAUAACAAUGAGCUUCGCAAGGCAACAGCAGACGAUAAAGGAAAGGGUAAAGUUACUGAUGAAACUGUAAACCUGAUGCCGCACGCCAAUGGAUUAGGGGGGAACCAACCGGUAAGUGGAGCACAAACAUCUGCAGACGCGGAAUUUGAAGCUUUCAGGAGAAACUACGUUGCCGAAAUGUGGCGAGAUGUUUGUGCAACAGAAAUGACACUUGGGGGACUACAGGCUGCAGCUCCUCAGGUGAACGAGGGGACAAGAGUUGCUAGAUCCCUUGAUUUCAGAGAAACUGGGAGGGAACAAGAUCCUGUUGAGGACGAUAGCCUUCGACUAUCACUUUCAAGGACGACAUCAACAAGGGUGGCGCCAACAAUCUUAACAUUAUCGUCAUCGGACUCGUCGUACGGUACACCAUCAACACAGUCGACAAGCAUUUCGUUCUCGACUGAGGAUCUGAUGGAAGCAGAAAUUGAGAUUGAAUCACCUGUAGGGGUAAUAGGUACGUUAUCCGUUAAUGAAAAUUGUUGUUCCAUAAUUUAAGAGUCUAUUAUUACGGACUAACAAAUAUAUUUCCUCAGGUACUGAUAUCAUGGAGAAUUACUACACAGAUGCCGAUGGACCAUUGUGUAUGACUCCAAAGGGCCCUGUGGAAGUAGGAAACAUCC